AUUCAUGAUUAUUUUUAAUUUCUCUUCUGGUGGCAAUUUUGUUCAAAACAAACGGCGAAUAAGUCUACAAAUUCCUAUUAAAAUAAAACUAAAACAUUUUAGCGUUCAUUGUACUACAAAAAACGUGUUCAAAUUCUAUUACCUCCAUUUGUGUCUAGUUAGUUAGUGAAUGAUGGCAGGAUUUUCAUUAAAGGUGAAAACUAAAACCGGCCAGCAGCAUAUUGUCAGCAACUUAGAACAGAAUACUACUGUUCGGAUACUCAAGAAUCUAAUCACUGAACUGACAAAUAUACCGGAGGAUGCGAUGCAUGUAGUACUAGGAUUUCCCCCAUUCAAGCCACUGGACUUCAAUAAGGACGAUGAACUUAUAUUAGCUAUCGGUAUAAGCAACGGGGAUACACUGAUAGUGCAAGAGAAGCAAAUAAGCGAAGAGGAACGCAAUCAGCUUGCUGCGAAAAAGCGUCUGGAAGAGGAUGAAAAGUUGGCAAAGGAACUCGCCGCUCAAAGCGAAGGAGGCAGUGGGAUACUUCUGAAGCAAAUUGUUCCCAGCGAUAAUUCCUGUCUCUUCACAAGCAUUGGAUACGUUCUAACGGGAAAAGUGGAUCCAGAGAGUAGCCAAUAUAUGCGGGAAAUAAUUGCCGCCACCGUUAAUGCCGAUAAGCAGGAAUACAACGAGGGUAUCCUAGGGCGUCCAAAUGAUGAGUAUUGUGCUUGGAUUUUGCAGCCCGAAUCAUGGGGUGGUGCGAUUGAGGUUUCGAUACUUUCUGCGUACCACGGAAUCGAGUUCGAUGUUGUGGACAUUACAAAUGCGAUCAUUAACCGCUUUGGGGAGGAUAAAAACUACGGCAUGAGAGCGUUCCUGCUAUUCGACGGGAUUCACUACGACCCUUUGUAUCUUGAGUCUACAACGGGUGAACCGCCAAAGACCAUCUUCCCAAUCGAAGACAACGCUGUGUACCUGCAGGCGGAACAACUUGCGCAAGAGGCAAAAUCUUCCCGUCAAUUCACCGACGUGAACAAGUUUACGCUGAAAUGUAACGUUUGCGACUGCCACCUGAAGGGACAGGAAGAAGCACAACAGCAUGCGAAAAAAACUGGACACAUUAAUUUCGGAGAAAUUUGAGAUACCUGUCAGGAUAAAGAGAGAAUGAAAUUGGACAGUUAUAGAUUAUAUAGCAAGCAUCUUAGGACUUUUUCUCUGUUCUAUCGGUUCGAUAAAUUUGAGUGUGGUCUGUCGUCGAGUUCAUGUUAUUUAUGGCGAUUUCAGUUGAGUGUAUUGAUCUCUGCAUGCGCGUAUUUUGCAUUUACGUUUGUUGAGGGCAGUUUCGUUGAAUAUAAAUUUUUGUAAAUUGUCCAUAGAAUUCUCAUUAGGCCGUGUAAACAUCACAGAUUCGAUUUUCAGCGCUAACGAUUUCCGAAUGAACUUCCACUAUUGACAACACUCAACGUGAAAGGCAAAAUACAUUGAAUUCGCUGGGAAAUUAUAGUUGUGGAGGUAUACUGUACACUAGAGAAGAAUGAAUCUGAUGUGCUUCAUAUAAUAUGCCCUGCUAAUUAGAGUGUUCAAUAAAAUUUAUAUGGGGUCCAAC